AUGCCUUCAACUCCAACACCCCCAACAAUCCUCCUCCUAGGAACCUGCGACACCAAACUCCCAGAACUGCUCUACACAAAAGCAGCCAUAGAAUCCCAAACCGACCCAACAACAAACCAACACCUCAAAGUCCACCUUCUAGACAUCGGCCGCACCCAAACAGCUCACAGUUCAAUAACAACAACCCAACAAGACCUGCUCACCGCAACUCAAACCCAACCCCCAGAUACAGAUAUCUCCACCCUCCCAAGAGCAGAAUACAUAAAAACCCUAACCCCCCACGCAACAACCUUCACAAAAACCCUCUUCGAAACAGCCUCCAUCCACGGCAUCCUCGCAAUAGGCGGCUCAUGCGGCACAGCCCUUGCAAGCGCCGUGAUGCGCGACGCACUACCCAUCGGAUUCCCCAAGAUGAUGGUCUCGACCAUGGCAUCCGGUGACGUGGCGCCUUACAUCGGCGAAACAGACAUCUGUAUGAUGUACAGUGUCGUCGACAUAGCAGGCAGGAACCGGGUUCUCGAGGGCGUGUUGGAGAAUACAGCGGGCGGGAUUGGGGGCAUGGCGGGGCGGUUUUUGCUUCGUUCUACUGGUGACGUUGGGCGAGAGGGGGAGGUGCAAGGGGAGGGGGCUGUUCAAGUUGCUAUUUCGAUGUUUGGGGUGACGACGCCGGCGGUGACGCGCGCCAGGGAAUAUUUGGAGUCUGUUUUGGCUGGGUGUGAGGUUUAUGUUUUUCAUGCUACUGGGUCUGGGGGGAGGGCGAUGGAGCGGUUGAUUCGGGAAGGGCGUAUUGAUGCGGUGCUUGAUUUGACGACGACGGAGAUUGCGGAUGAGGUUGUUGGGGGGGUUUUGAGUGCUGGGCCUGAGAGGUUGUGUGCAGCGACUGCGGCGGGCAUUCCUCGGGUUGUUAGUGUUGGGGCGUGUGAUAUGGUGAAUUUUGGUGGAAUUGGGAGUGUUCCUGCUUCUUUCCGGGGCGAAACGGGGAAGGGGAGGCUGUUUCAUGAGCAUAAUGAGACUGUUACGCUGAUGCGGACUACGAAGGAGGAAUGUGUUCAGAUUGGAAAGGUGAUUGCGCGAAAUUUGAUGGGGAAGGGGACUGGUAAGACGAAGGUGGUCUUGCCGGUUGGGGGUGUGAGUAUGAUUGAUGUGCCUGGGGGGCCCUUUUGGGAUCCCGAGGUUGAUGAGGUUUUGUUUUCGACGUUGGAGGAUGAGUUGAAGGGGAGCGGGAUUGAGGUGGUGAGAGAUUCUCGCGCGAUCAAUGAUCCUGGGUUUGCGGUUCUCGCUGCGGAUGCGUUGGUCAAGUUGAUUCGAGAGUAG